AUUUGAACGUUUUUACGCUUUAUAUACUCACACGUCGAUUAAAAUGGGUUGUAAACAAUCAAAGAAUCGAUUGAGCAUUGCUGUCUGCAGCAAUUCUGGGGAAGACAGCGUGCAAGGUCUUAUCCGACAUAUCACCGAGAAUAUGCCAGACGUGGUAGAGCCAGCGGACUUGAUGUUCAUGCCUCUUCCCUACAACAUGGCAGACAUGAAGGAAUUCGAAUUCCGUGGAAUUGACGCCUUGCUUCUGUGUCAUUCUAUGGAUAUCAAGGGACCCUUUUGCUCCGAACUCGGAUCCAACUCAAUCUAUCACAAGUUCUUGUACAAGGCAAAGAGGUGCUUGGGAAAGAAAAAAGUAGCUGUCAUUGUGCACGACUACAAACUAGGUCUUUCGCUGGAAGCGCUUGAAACUUAUAGCAAAACCAACAAGUCCACAUUCAAUAUGACGUCACUGGUGCUGACACUGGGUCAACUUGCUGCAUGGGGUGGCUCGACUCAACUGACCGAUGUACAGCUGGACGAGUUCAAGUCUUUCUUUGAAGGGGCACUGUCCUGCCGCAGAAUAAUUGUAGGGGCAUUUUACAGGUUUUUCUAUCGCCUGAUCCGUCAGUGAACUUCGAUGAAGAUUGAGGCCCAUUACAUCAGCGUGGGACUAGAGAGGAAAUUAUGAGCUGUGUCAUAAUAAUAUAGUGUUAUCUUCGAUCAGCCCCCUUCCAGUACACCCUACCCCUCCCUCCCACCCCCUAUCCUUAAUGUUAUUGCCCCCUUGUAACUGUCUAUAUCUUGUCUUUGAGGUUAUAUUGUUAUUUUAUAGUUACUAUAAAAUUGGGUAGUUUUACAAGCCAUAGAGUGUAGAUAGCAUAAUCCCAGGCUGUAGUGUAUAUACGCGAUGUUCCUUUCGCAUGGUAAGGGAUGUAUUUUUAUGAGAUGAGGAUGUGAAAUUCUUGAAAUAA